AUGACGAGCGCAACUACGUUUGUAGCCCUUGAUGUCUUGUUCCUAUUUACUGUAAUCUACUUUGCUGGUAAGAUUGAAAAUGUUGUCUACUUCGAAUUCGUGCUUACGUGGAGAUUAGGACCAACGGACGCGUCACCGCUAGUCCGUCGGUUCAAUUCGAUCCAUUUGAUACCAAGAUGGACGCGGCCAUGGCAGAAUGAAACAGGUUCAGACAUUUUCCGUAGCCAGAUGGAAAACCCUUCCGAAGUCUUCUCCGUCCUGCUCAUCAUCGGCGGCGACAUUGUCCAAAAGGCAGUGGCUCAGAUGAGCGGACAUCGGAUCACUUUCGUCGCUUUCUCUUUCGGAUGGGUCGCGUAUGCAUUCAACAGUCUCAUGUCUGCAUUUGGCGAUGGGAGUCUCAUGCCAGAUCCAGAAUUCUCUUCAGAAGUAAUUAACGUGAAGUCGGGCAUCAAGAAGCAGAACAAUUCUUGGCUUCUAUGUCGCUUGAUUCGCGAUCUAGAGCGGGAAGUAACGAAGAACUGGACGACCUGGUAUGAGGUGGAUGACCAGGCAACAACUGAUGAUUGGAUUGAGACCCAGGACCCCAGUGUUAAAUGUAAUCGCGCUGGUGAAGGGAUUAGCUCUCUUCUUGUUACCAUUUGUGAGGCAUUACCAGGGGCGGCAAACCCACAUCGGGGCUGGCAUUUUGUGAUCUAUGUCGCCAUAAUAAUAAUUCAACAUGCCGUCGCCAUGAUUCCCAUUAUCCUGUACGGGAACUGGUCCGUUUUAUUCAUCACCGGCAUUGGUACCAUCCUCGCCGUCUGCACAACUUCCUUGAGCGAAUGGCGCCUCGAGAAGUACCAAGCAAGACGGCAUUCCAAGAACUCAUAUGCUAUCACUCGCGGAAACGGCCACCGUCAUGUCUUUGUGAUCAAGGCCGGCACGAAGGCAGAUGGCAAAUUCCCUGGUCUCUUCUUGGAUGAUCUCGCUGGUGCUGUUCGCAAAGCAGGUGACGGAACACGGCUCAAAACGGUGGGCCUCGCUAUCGCGUGGGUCUCGUUCCUCAUCGCCGCUGGUGGUCUCAAGGAUCACACAUGGUACGUGCUGAUCGUCGGCAUCAUUGGCAUGGCACAAAACAUCUGGGUAGCUGGCCACCACCAAACUUCAAAAGCUCACGGGAUCCCAGUCCACAUCGUACACACGCACGGGCUCAACCCUGUUCCCCUUGGUAAACAUCCCACCACCUACACAAAACGAGGAGCUAAACCGGUGUACGAGGCCAGCCGCGGAAUGAAAGUCAUGGAGGUCCUCAUGGAAGUUGAGAAGGACCAUCCAACCAUCGGAGCUGCAUUGCAGCCUGAGUUCUUCCCUCCCGGUUCGCUGCGAAAGUAUGAGGCCGAUUGGUGGGCUGAAGCAAAGGCCCAUCGUAAAGAUCCGACCAAACCUUUCCCUGCAAUUCUUCCUGCGCCGGUGCCGGCGCCUCCGCCUUGA